ACAGGGUAAGCCAGUUGGACUCAGGAGGGAGGCAACCCAAUCACAACGGUCCUAUAGAGGGCGAGAGACUACACUUUCCCUGCAUCGACUGUCCCCACAACCAAUAGGGAAAGAUGGCUCGGGAUAUGUCAGAUAUUGACAUCCUCAAGAUGGAGCUGGAACAGCUGAAGAAAGAGGUCUCGACACCCAGGGAGCCUGUGUCCAAGACAUCCAAGGACAUCAUGGAGUGGUGUGAGGCUGCGUCUGGUACAGACCUCUUGAUAACAGGAGUACCAGAUGAUAAGAACCCCUACAAGCCUGAGAAGGGAGGCUGCAUAAUCAGCUAGCCCGCCUGGGGACAAACAGCCGCAGGUGGGACACAGGGAAAAACAUCAGAUUUCUCUCAGUUUCAGCCUUUUCAGCACUGUAAAGAGUGGUAUAUAGCUGCAAUAAAUUUGCCAUAUGUUCCUAUGUGAGUACAACAUGAGAGACUUCCACUAGGUUAGCCAGUUUUGGACAACACAACUUGUCACACUGACUAGGCCACACAAAGUCACCUGAGGUCACUGGAGCUGAGGAGGAGGGGAUUUAUCUGGGGACGAUUCAGGGGAUUAGUGGGAUCUCUUGGUUACGAUGCUGUCCUUCCUUUCUCCUUGACAACCUAUGACCCUACCCUCCUCACCUGUCUGUUAUCUCUGGCGGUUCUAGAGAUUCCAAACAGGCUCCGGAAUGUUCCAAUUGCACCCACCACUGACUUGGUUUUGUUAUGCUUGUAAAUAACAUGUAUCCAGUACAGCAGUUUCUGUGACUUCUCUGUGACUUCUCUGUGACUUCUCUGUGACUUCUCUCUUGUUUUGCACCUCAUAUGAACAUGGAUCCUCUCAUGCUGCACGUAUCCCUUGAUUCAAUCAAGUUGUAAUGUACUGUGAAUGGAUCAGCUUGUCUGAAGCACCCUAACACAAGUGGGAGGCAUGAAAUGAACAGACCAGAGGCAGUGGUUGUGGUUCCUUUUCUUUUUGUAUUGUUAAUGAACAGGUUUUUCUUCGCCCGACAAAAUAAUUCCAAUACAGUAUAACGUUCAACCACUGGUCCUGGAGUGGCCUAGCCAGUCUCCAGACCUUAAUCCCAUAGAAAAUCUGUGGAGGGAGCUGAAGGUUCGAGU